GGCACGCAGGGUGACGUGGCACCUUCACAACACAACACAAAAGCAAAUUCUCAAAAUCUCAUGCUCUCUCAGUUCCGGUGAACUCACGGCGUUGCUCUCCUUCCAUCAACGGCGGUUUUCACGGUGGUUAACGGUGACCUGUCUAAUUUCCGCGUUAAACCUGGUGAAUAAGUUUUCCAGUUUGUGGACAAACUUAAUGUACUACCCAUUUUCUGGAAGCAACUUAAUAUAAAGAGUGUGCGGGUUUCUCUGCAAGUUGCCGUCACCGCUAAAGACACUGCUUUGGAAUGUCGUAUUAAUAUUUGAUGUUGGAAACGAGACUAGUGAGGCAGUUUCAAAACCACAUCGUUCAAAUGUUGGUGAAGACUUGUGUUUGGUUGUUAUUUGUCAUGAUAGUUUAUGCCAGCUUCUACAUUGUUUUAUGUACCCAGAGACCUGUUCUUGUCUCGGCUGCAGAAGUUCAUACCAAAAUCAUGGAAACAACCCACCAAACCAAAAUCAUUUCAGAAACCGUUCGCGUCUACUGAUGCAUCUAUGGUUGGUGUUCUUAUUGCAUCUCUCAAGGAUUUUGUGACCCAUGGGCAUUUAUCAAAUGCAUUCAAAACCUUUGUUAAUAUACAGCACCAUGCAGCUUCUUCUGCUUCUUUCUAUCUUAUUUUACACCCCAUUAGCUCUCUUCUAUUGGCAUGCACCAACCUUGAGUCAUUGCCACAGGGUAAGCAGCUUCAUGCCCAUAUCAUUUCACUGGGUCUUGAUCAACAUCCUAUCUUGGUUUCUAGGCUUAUUAAUUUUUACACAAACGUCAAUCUCCUUGUUGAUGCUCACAUUGUCACUGAGAAUUCUAAUAGUUUGAAUCCUUUGCAUUGGAAUAUGCUUAUCUCGUCAUAUGUUAGAAAUGGGCUUUUUGUGGAGGCUCUUUCUGCCUAUAAGAAAAUGUUGAAUAAGCAGAUUAAACCGGAUGAUUUCACUUACCCAUCUGUUCUCAAGGCUUGUGGCGAAUUAUUAGAUUGCACUACUGGCGUGGAGGUUCACAAAUCUAUUGAAGCUAGCUCGAUGGGGUGGAGCUUGUUUGUGCACAAUGCACUGAUCUCCAUGUAUGGUAGGUUUGGGAAACUGGAGGUUGCUCGUCACUUGUUUGAUAAUAUGCCAGCAAGAGAUGCUGUUUCUUGGAACACUAUAAUCAGCUGUUAUGCUUCUAGAGGUAUGUGGGAGGAAGCAUUUCAGCUAUUUAGAAGCAUGCAGGAGGAGGGUAUUGAAAUGGAUAUAAUUAUAUGGAACACCAUUGCUGGAGGGUGCUUACAUUCAGCCAAUUUCAGGGGGGCACUUGAGCUGCUUUCUCAGAUGAGAACAUCCAUUCAUUUGGACUCUGUUGCAAUGGUUGUCGGAUUAAAUGCAUGCUCCCACAUUGGAGCCCUUAAAUUGGGGAAGGAGAUUCAUGCUCAUGCUGUACGAACUUGCUUUGAUGUGUUUGACAAUGUAAAGAAUGCAUUAAUUACAAUGUAUUCCAGGUGUAGGGACCUUGGGCAUGCAUAUAUGUUGUUUCAUAAAGUAGAAGAGAAGGGUUUGAUUACUUGGAAUGCCAUGCUUUCUGGAUAUGCUCAUAUGGAUCGAUCCGAGGAGGCGUCCUUCCUCUUUAGAAAAAUGUUACAUGAGGGUGUUGAACCUAAUUUUGUGACCAUUGCAAGUGUUCUUCCCCUCUGUGCUCGCAUAGCAAAUCUACAGCAUGGUAAAGAGUUUCAUUGCUACAUUAUGAAGCGUGAACAGUUUAAGGACUAUUUAUUAUUGUGGAAUGCCCUUGUGGACAUGUAUUCAAGGUCUGGCAAAGUUUUAGAAGCCAAAAAAGUGUUUGAUUCAUUGAGUAAAAGAGAUGAAGUCACAUAUACUUCCAUGAUUAUGGGAUACGGUAUGAAGGGAGAUGGAAAAAUUGCUCUAGAACUAUUUGAAGAGAUGUGCAAGCUUGAGAUUAAACCAGAUCAUGUAACUAUGGUUGCGGCUCUAACGGCUUGUAGUCAUUCUGGUCUUGUAGUCCAGGGGCAAUUGCUCUUUAAAAAGAUGAUAGAUGUUUAUGGGAUUAUUCCCUGCAUUGAGCACUAUUCUUGCAUGGUUGAUCUCUUUGGGAGGGCUGGUCUUCUAAACAAAGCAAAGGAGGUUAUUACAGGGAUGCCAUACAUGCCAACUUCAGCAAUGUGGGCCACUCUCAUAGGAGCUUGUCGAAUCCAUGGAAAUACAGUGAUGGGGGAAUGGGCUGCAGGAAAAUUGCUGGAAAUGAAGCCUGAUCAUUCAGGUUAUUAUGUGUUGAUUGCCAACAUGUAUGCUGCUGCUGGUUGUUGGAGCAAAUUAGCAGACGUGAGGACUUACAUGAGGAAUUUGGGUGUGAGAAAGGUUCCUGGUUGUGCUUGGGUUGAUGUUGGUAAUGAGUUUUCUCCCUUUUUGGUGGGGGACACUUCCAACCCUCAUGCGUGCGAGAUUUACCCCUUGAUGGAUGGAUUGAAUGAGCUAAUGAAAGAUGCUGGUUAUGUACCUAGCGAGGGGUCUGUUUCAUCCGAGGAAGAUUUCGAGGAGAUGAAUAUCGUAGGGAAUCUAUACUAAAUACAAGUUAUACAUAGAAUUAUAGACGGCUAUUCUUGCACUUUUAGCCUUUGGCAGUUUGUUAUUACAAUCCCAAAUGUACGGCUUAAAAUGCAGAAAAUUGCUUAAUCAGUUGCUAGAUCAAGCAGAAAAAUGAAGUCUGCACGGUAAAACUAUCAUGAGUUUAUUUUCAAAUUGCCAUUUUACUUCUUUAGUACGUGUUCCUUAGUGACAGCCAUUUCAUUAAAAUGAGGAGUCGUGGGAAGCAAAUGACGGUGAAAGCUCUGAAGGGAGCCACUGGAGAAUCUCCUAUCUUGAUAAGAAUUUAUUCAGCAUGGAGUUCUUUUACUUUACUGUUACGGUAGAUGAACUUAGAUCUGCACAAUGCACAUGAUAAGGUGUCUCUGUCUCUAUGUAUUAUAUUAUUCAUGAAAUUGUUAUGAUGGAAGAAUUUUUCAAAAUGAAUUUCCAGAUAGGAUUAAAUACAUGAGAAGAUGAAUAUUUUAAAUUUCCAGAUACAAGGAUUAAAUACCUGAGAAAAUGCAUAUUUUAAGUAUUGAAUUUAGUGGAAGAUUUGAGAUUAAAAAUCUGUGUAAUCAGCCUACACAGGUAGGUAUUUAUAUUACAUCGAGCAUUAGUUACAAGAGGAACUAAUCAACACGUGUAUAAUGAGUAAUAACUAAAACUACUCAUUAUUACAUACAUUUGCUGUAAAUCAUUUAAUUCUAUCAAUAAGGUCCUCAUUAAAUUCAAUUAAGGAUCUUUUGGUUGGCCCCAAAUACCUGAGGUUGAGACUGUUUGCUUUUAGUUACUCCUCAAGGUUGUGUAUCAUAUUUGACAUUAAGGAGUUAUCAGAAAAUAAUAUUGGUUCAUCUGUCAGAUUUGUUUUCAGAUUGGUUCCUGGGAAUGACCUAGAAAUUGAAUGUAUAUCAUUUUUUAAAAACCCAUUUGCAGAUCUUGCAAAAGGGGACUUAAAAAGCUGAACUUAAUAACAAAUUAAGUAAGCCUUUCAAAAUUUUGGUAGGGAGUAAAAGUCUAAGCUGACGAGGAUUAUGAUUUUACUUUCUGUCUUCUUGUUUGCUUGUAUUUAUGUAUGAGUGCCUUUGAGUUGUUUCAUACUUAUUCCUAUGCUAUUUUAAGGCUUGGGUUUUAGAUGCUACCCCUGGAAAAUUCGAGUAGGUGGAGAUGGAGAGGACCACCCAGCAGAACUCAUAUCCUUUCUAAGUACACUGCAAAAGGAGGUAGAUUUAGAAAAUGAAUGUAACAAUGAUGUUAAUUUGAUUUAAUAUGUUGCUCUUGGUUUGGCUUUGAUAGAACUGGAUCAGAAAUAGGAAGAACGAUGAAUCUUUAUUACUGAAAAAACUCUGUUCGGUAUUAAUGAGAUACAGAACACAGGUCAAGAAUGAUACCAAAGUAGGAUUCUCUCUCUAUCUCUCCAGGUAUUUGAGAGACCUGGUUCUCUUCCUCCCAAUUUCUCUCAACAACAAAAAACUAAUUACAAUCUUCCCUCUAUUGCUAGGUAUGCCCUAUAACCAUAGUAGUUAAUUGUGCCGCAAUAGCACCGCGAGCCGCGGCGUAUGAGCGUUGCGGUGCCUCGCCGCAAGAAAUUGCGCUGUGCUGCACCGGAAUGCAAUAGCGGUCAUUGCUAUCGCAUAUUGCUGCCAUAAGGCAAAAUGUCAAUUUUGUCCUAAAUUUAAAUGUGUAUUAGAAAAUUUAAGGGUGUUUUAGUCUAUCUGUGUCUUUCUCUGUCAUUUAUGCUAUAUCUGCCUUUAAAAAAUGUUUCUUUUUGUCAUUAUUUCUGUCAUAUAUCUAUUCCGCUAUUUCCGUAACCGCAACCCGCUAUAGGCUAUAGCGUUUUUCGGGGUUGGGCGCAAUAUGCCGCAAUCUGCAUUUGAUAACUUUGCCUAUAACCCCCCUUCUCUUCCUUCCCAAUCAGUUAAAGCUUCUCUAACUGACUAGCAUUUCAGAUGUCAUAUUAAAAUUAACAAUCUACCUCUUCAGCUAUUACAUCUAUUUUCCUUAUCACACUCCUUAACAGGUUCCCAAGGUCUAGUUGUUGGGUUUGACUUAAAUUCUUAUUUGGAUAAAUAUUGACAGUUUAUUUUGUGUAGAAUAAAUUUUUUGAAUUGUAAUUAACAUCAAGAUAUGUGAGAGAUAUGUGAAUAUUUGUUUUUAAUAGGAAAUUAAGGAAACUCAUAAGGAGAGUGUAAACCAAUUUUUUUUGAGCUAUGGAUGCUUGUAUUAGAGAGGGCGAGCCUGUAGCAGUGGUAAAACUACUCCUUUGUAACUAAAAGGUUACAAGUUUGAAUUCGGGAAACAGUUUUUUUACAAAUAUGCAAGGGUAAGGCUGCGUACAAGGAUUAUCUUCACCCCUGCCAUCGCUAGUCAAGGUUUAAUGGGAGUGAUUUUAUGGAUGCCUGUAUUGUGGAAUUGUUAGAGGUAGAGAAUGAGAAUAAGAGUGUGAGAAAGAUUGUCUUGUAAGAUCACCUUAGGGCGAGAUCCUCAUAUAGCUUAGCGGAGAUAUAGGAAUAAGUGGUAAGGUAGUUAUGAAAUAUAGGAGAUCAAGAAUGUGAUAAACAUUUUCCCAUAAUCUUGUUUUGAUAUUUAGAUUUGAUCUCUUCUCAUCCGUGGAUGUAGGCAUGUUGGGCCCAACCAUGUUAAAUUGUGUGUGAUUUGUUUGAAAAGCUUUUCCCCUGAUUACUAGUAUUUAUCUAAACAUCUAUUGAUGGGCAUGUGUUAUUCCUAAACAUUGGUUUCUUAGACAUAUCACUAUCAAAUACAAGUAAGAAUUUGGGGAAAGGUAAGGCGGAAGAGAAUGGAAUAGAAGAAGAAUUGAGGGAACUAUAGGAAUAAAGUUGGUCACAAACUCACAAUUAUGCAUGCCCACUGUGCUAAUUUACAUUUUUUAAUAUAUUAACAUUAUCUGGGUCCUCUUUGCUUCUUUGGUUGUCAUCUCAAUAACAUAAUAACUUUAUCUUCCCCUACACUUUGGCUUCUUUUAUGUUAAUAAACUGACAGAACACUUUUACUUUUUUGGUUGUGUUAUAAGCAAAUUUUUUAUUGUUCUAACUUCUAUGAUCCUUUCCUGAAGGAAGGUCUCUUCAAAUCGGGCUUUAGUCAAAGCUCUUAUUCAACAUGGAUUUUCCAGUGAUGUGUCUCAGAACAUGUGGAGCCAAUAAUAUUUUAUGCUUCUGUCUAUGGGAGAAUUGGUGAAGAUGUACCACGUGGUGUGCACUUUUAACUUUUUUGAAAGCAGAAAGAAGCUUACAUAGAUGGGCUCUUGAAGAUCGUCCGCGAAUCCAUGCUGCUGAGGAAGGAGGUGGAGUUGAACUUGAAAUGCAUGUUCUUGAAGAUGCUGGCCACUGGGUACAUGCUGAUAAUCCAGAUGGACUGUUCAGGAUACUGUCAUCUCUUUCCAUGGAAGCAAGACUUGAGUACACUUAUCUAAUUUCUAUUUUAUUCGGGAUGGGGUUGCCUUCACAGUUUGAUGUUAUCAAAUUUUAUUUUUUCUUCAGUUACCCUUCUAUACAUACUUUUAUUUUAUUUCCUACCAUGUUUCAUUAAAUCUCUCCUCUACAAAUGGUUACAAGUUUCAUGUCCAUAGUUUGUGAGCCGUUGAUUUCUGAGUAUACAUGAGGAUAGCCUUUAGGAGUUGUUUGGUAUGCAGGUAUGAAGUCAAGUAUCUUUACAUCCUGAAUCUAAGAUAUUUGGUGAAUAUAAGAUUCUCAAGCUUCAACUGUUACACGAAACAUUUAUGAUAUUGAACUCUCAUUUGUGUAAUACACGUUUUUUUUUUCCCGUUAUGUACUCUCGUUUGUGUAAUACCUGAAUAUCUCUCGUUAAG